AAAAAAAAAAAAUCAAAAAGACUAAAGAGAAAAGCUUUAAUAAAGGUUAAACAACUCAAACGAGUAUCUCGUUCCUUGUCGCUUUCGUUGGAGACAGAGAAGACAAUGACGACUUGUGGAGAAACUUCUCUUCUCAAGGAAGAAGAAUACGUCACCGACGCCGUUGACCACCGUGGAAUCUCCGCCAGAAGAUCUAAUACCGGUAGAUGGAGAGCCGCCUGGUUCAUCAUCGGUGUGGAAGUGGCGGAGAGGUUUGCUUACUAUGGAAUCGCAUCAAACCUAAUUAGCUAUUUGACCGGACCACUUGGUCAAUCCACGGCGGCCGCCGCCGCUAAUGUCAACGCUUGGUCUGGUAUCGCUACUCUUCUUCCUCUUCUUGGAGCUUUCGUCGCCGACGCUUUUCUUGGUCGGUAUCGAACUAUUAUCGUCGCUUCUCUUAUCUACGUUCUGGGACUGGCAUUUCUGACUUUAUCUGCGUUUAUGAUUCCCAACAGUGAUGAAGGUGAAGUGACAUCUUCUUCACCUUCAUCUUUACUCAAUGCACUCUUCUUCUUCUCUCUGUAUUUGGUGGCUAUUGGACAAAGUGGACACAAGCCUUGUGUUCAGGCUUUUGGUGCUGACCAGUUUGAUGAGAAAGACCCUCAAGAGAAGUCUGACAGAAGCUCCUUCUUUAACUGGUGGUACCUUAGUAUGUCUGCAGGAAUCUGCCUGGCGAUUCUUGUGGUUGUGUACAUCCAACAAGAGUUCAGCUGGGCAUUUGGGUUUGGUAUCCCGUGUGUGUUCAUGGUGAUCUCUCUUGUUCUUUUCGUGUUAGGGAGAAUAAGUUAUAGGUACAGUAAAAAAAGACAUGGAGAUGAGGAAACCAACCCUUUUACAAGGAUAGCUAGAGUCUUCUUUGUAGCAUUCAAGAACCCAAGAUUGAGUUCUUCGGAAUUGUGCAGAGUUGAGCUGGAGGCAAAUCCAUCUCAAGAUUCUCCAAAGAAGCUGAGGUUUCUGAACAAAUCCUUGCUUGUCCCCAAUGAUUCUGCUGAAGGAGAAAGCGCAUGCAAGUCUAAAGACGUCGAGGACGCCACAGCUCUUAUCAGGCUUAUUCCAGUAUGGCUUACAACUCUGGCUUACGCCAUACCCUAUGCGCAGUACUUGACUUUCUUCACAAAGCAAGGUGUCACAAUGGAAAGAACAAUAUUUCCAGGUGUGAAGAUCCCACCUGCUUCUCUUCAGGUUCUUAUUGGCAUAUCAAUUGUCAUCUUUGUCCCCAUCUACGACCGUGUUCUGGUCCCAAUCGCCAGGUCGAUAACUAAAGACCCUUGUGGCCUUACAAUGCUCAGAAGAAUUGGAGUUGGAAUGGUACUGUCAGCUCUCACUAUGGUUAUUGCAGCUCUGGUUGAGUCAAAACGGCUAGAGACUGCUAAAGAACACGGGCUUAUAGACCAACCGCAAGCUACUGUUCCAAUGUCGAUAUGGUGGUUAAUCCCUCAGUAUCUGUUGCUGGGAUUGGCCGACGUACACACUUUAGUGGGAAUGCAAGAGUUCUUCUACAGCCAAGUCCCCACUGAGCUGAGAAGCAUCGGUCUUGCGCUAUACUUAAGUGCGUUGGGCGUCGGAAGCUUAUUGAGCAGCUUACUCAUCUCUGUGAUCGACUUAGCCACUGGAGGAGAUGCUGGAAACAGCUGGUUCAACAGUAAUCUGAACAAAGCCCAUCUCGAUUACUUCUAUUGGUUACUUGCGGUUCUCAGUGCCGUUGGGUUCCUUACGUUCUGGUUCAUAUCCAGGUCAUAUAUCUAUCGCCAGGUGGACCAAGUGUAGUUUCUAAAUUUGUUGUAGUACUGUGUGACAUAUUCUCUUAAUUAAAACAGAAUUAUUAUUUUUUAAAGACCUUCGGAAACAGAAUUAUAUUAUACUAUGUAAUAUAAGAAAGACUCAUUAAGUGA